UUUUUGCAACUUGCUGUUCUGUGUUUGUGUAUUUGUUUUCUAAAAAUAAUAAUCUAAAAUGGAGUUUAUCGACAAUGAUGUAAGGCAGUGGGAUGCUAACGAGGUGAAGGAACAAUUUGGAGACAGCCUGACGCUUCUACCAUCGAACGACAACAUAAAGGAGCUGCAAACCAUACUUCGAGACAAGAACACCUCCAGAAGUGACUUCAAAUUCUACGCUGAUCGGUUGAUCCGUCUGGUGAUUGAAGAAAGCCUAAACAAGUUGCCUUUCACGGACUGUGAAGUGAUCACUCCUACAGGGGCUCUCUACAAAGGGCUCAAGUAUGGCGCUGGCAACUGUGGUGUGUCCAUCGUUAGAUCCGGAGAAGCUAUGGAACAGGGGCUCCGCGACUGCUGUCGUUCGAUUCGUAUCGGCAAGAUCCUGGUGGAGAGCGACACGGACACACACGAGGCACACGUGGUGUACGCCAAGUUCCCCGAGGAUAUAGCGAGAAGACAGGUCCUGCUUAUGUACCCCAUCAUGUCUACAGGGAACACCGUUAAACAGGCAGUAAACGUCCUAACCCAGCACGGAGUCAAAGAAGAGCGCAUCAUCCUUUCCAACCUAUUCUGCACACCGGCCGCCGUACAAGCAGUCGUAGACUACGUGCCCAAGAUGAAGAUCCUCACGGCUGAACUGCAUCCCGUAGCGCCCAACCACUUCGGACAGAAGUACUUUGGGACGGACUGAUACGAUGACGAGUUUGAGGGGUAAGGUAGCUGUAAGGAGUGGUUGGGGUUCUGAAGCGCAUAAGUCU